AGCUUGCUAUAGCCCAGACGCCUGGUCAGGUACAGGGCCUUGCCAUCGACGGCAUUCAGCAGUGGGGAUUCAGUGCAUCAUGGCAAGAGCCACUGGACGGCAACACCCCAGUGCGUUACGAUGUAACCAUUGAGUCGACAAACCCUGUUAGAGAGGCUUAUGAGAUCAGUUUCGAACCGGCUGCUGAUGAAGUGUACGAGGUGGGCCAUCUCUACGAUGAUAGCACUUACAGUUUCAGCGUGGUAGCUGUUAACUCGGACGGCCAGGCGGGAGAAGCAGUUAAUGAGAGUAAUAUUGUUAUUCCACCAUGCCGCAUUUGCCUCGAUAUGGCUGGACUUAACUUUUUCAGCUUCAACAUUGAACCCACGUUCAGUGAUCCUAUUGGUUUCGUUGGACGAUCGGUGGAUGCGACAUCAAGCACCGUCUAUCCUGCCAGAAACCUCGCCGGUGGUAUUUCUUCAUUAUUUUACUUUCAGUCAAGCUCUCCACUUAUACCUGGUGUCCUCUAUGAAUUUGAAGUACGCAGCGAGAGCGAUUAUGCACUUCUUGCAGCAUCACGAUAUAGAACAACUCCGAACCCUGUAAGGAACCUUCAGGUGGUCAUCGCUGGACUAAGCGUGACCAUAGAGUAUGAACAGCCGACACAAAUACGUGAAAAUAGCUUUGGGUACAGGAUCUCUUACAAUGACACUCAGGGCAACCCAUUAGAGCGCCUUGUGGCGACGGAAGACACGUCCGUCGAAAUUACCGGUUUGGAAGUGGGGGUUUUGUACAGUUUUGAAGUGCAGUCGUACAGUGGAGAGUUUGGUGACCGGACGUACUCCACCAGUGAAUCACGAGACAUAAGCAUUGUUGCUCUGACCCUUCAAGAGCAAGGAACAACAUCGUUGACUGUCGGUUGGACUCAGACUGUUGGAGACGUCAGUCGUCUGGACGUGUUCGGCAUUUUUGGUGGUUCCAACAGCACUUUGGCUCAGACUCUCUUUCCAGAUGCAACAGUGGCUACGAUUGGGUCCCUAUCGCCCGGUGAGGUGUAUAGGGUCACGCUGUACAUUUCAAAUGCCGAUGGAGGAGAAGACGUGGUAGCAAGUGAAGUGUUCCAAACAACUCCGGAUACGGUGACCAACAUCGUAGGUGUGAUCAUGGACACCAGUAUAAGUCUAACCUGGAAUUCUGCUGCAGGUCGGGCUGAUUACUACCUCGUCAGCUACGACCCUCCGUAUGGGUCAACGGACAUGCUCUCAGAAGUGGUAGGUAACACCUUUCAAAUUGAAGGACUUGAUCCUGGGAUACAGUAUGAUGUGGGCAUUGUCACUGCAGCCGGAGAGGGACGGAGCGCUGAAGCAGUUGAGAUGUUCAUGACAGCUGUCGGAGAUCCUGAUAUGAUCUUACUGAAGGAGAUAACAGCGACAUCCUUUGCCGUGACCUGGAGCCCCCGAGCUGGUGCUUCCAGCUACACCAUCUCCAUUUCCCCGGAUGAGGGAAACCCAACGUUCCCUAUUUCGAGUGGGGAGCGGCUGUUCGCAGAGUUCACCGGGCUCUCCGAGGGCACCGUCUACACCGUCACGUUAGUGAUAGAUUCCAUACCACCCGUGAAUCCUCUAGAAGAUGAAUUCAAAACAAAUCCCUCCAUUCCAGGCACUAUAUCAAUAACCAACCGUCUUCCACGAAGUGCUACCUUAUCGUGGGGAGCUUCAGCAGGUGCUGAUGAAUACUCUGUCACAGUUUCUUCGGGCGAAGACGUCAUCUUCGCAAUGCAAGUAGCUGCAUUGUCGGUUGACCUAAUGGACUUGGAGCCUGAGACAAGUUACUCGGUUGUGGUAGUUGCCGAAUCAGUGCAACAGGGCUUCAUCAGCCGGAGCGGAGAACAGACAACAACAUUUGAGACAGCUGCGGCCGUCGUGUCGUUGGGUGCAGUGACCACCACCUCAGUGCUGAUCUUGCAAACGUCGCCCACGUAUGUGAUCGAAUACACCUCCGGAGAUGGGCAGAUACUCACGGUAACCCCUGGGGAUGGUGAUCAAACGGAUCUGACCGGUCUGACCCCUGGUCAAGAGUACACGAUCACCAUCAAACAGGAAUCUGUCACCACCGAUCAGCUGACAUUCUUUACUAAGCCGAUGGUACCUGGGGAGUUCAACCUCACCUUGGGCGACCCUGCUACGAGCAGCUUCUCAAUGAUCUACUCUGCCCCUACCGCCGGAUUGUAUGAUGGAUAUACCAUCAGCUACUCUGGUGCAUCAGUGGGAGAUGACGGAAGGGAAUCCUCUCCUAUCUUAGUUGAUUCGUCAUCAACUGAAACAACUAUCACAGGACUCACGCCCGGUACCGUGUAUACUGCAACGAUAAAUUCCUUUGUGAAUGGCGGAAACACCAUCAGUGGCUUUGUCACACAGACUAUUACAACAGAAACGGGAGAUGAUGCGAGUUUCUACGUCUUUUCCAAAACAACCGACACUAUCAUCAUCAAGUUUGCACCGAUCGGGACCGGCUAUUCUGCGGUAGCCACGGAGCGAAACGGACAAGGACCGGUGCCCACCGUCGAAGAAGCAGUUGGCAAGUUCACCAUCAGUGGUUUGAGACCGGGCAGUAUUUAUAGUAUAAUGCUUCGAGUGACCCGUGCAGGUCAAAGUUCACUAGAGUCCCUCCAGGAUAUACAAACACUACCCAGCACACCUACUUCUGUAGUCGCCGUGCCCUCAGACUCAUCUCCGACCAUCACUGUAACUUGGCAACCGGGCGCUGGCGAAGUGACCAGUUACCGCCUUCAACUUGCUCCGACGGGAGGUGGUGACGCAACUUCUGUCCUGGUCCUUGCGAGCUUGGAACCUAGGUACGUCUUUGAGGGUGUUCUGCCUUCAACAGGAUAUGAUGUGUCGGUGACUGCAAUAGCCAGAGAUAUGCAAUUGAAGGAAGAGAGUUACCCAGAGACAGUCCAGGUCACCACACCCCCAAGACCAUUCUCCAUCAGCAGUGUGACGACCACUGGCUUUGUAUUGACCGUGGACGGUCUUCCAGAUGUUAUCUCGUACGAAUUAUAUGAUGGUGUAGGAAACCCUAAUUCAAUCAGUCCUGGAGACCUACCAUACACAGCCACAGGUUAUACACCCGGGGCGCUGCUGAGAUUGGAAUUAAAUGCUGUUACUGUGGGUGCUCAAGGUGCUGUACUUGAAACCAUUGGCAUCCAAUAUGUCUUGCUAAAGCCCGCAGAAGUGUCCAGCUUUGACUUGGAAGGAACAAGCGACACUAUCACUGUUUCUAACAUCGUUCUGGGGGCCGGAGAGGCUGAUAUCAUCUUGAUAGAGUAUGGAUCGCAGGGAAGGGAUUACCUACUUCCUUCGGAAACUGAAAAGAAGAUUGAGUUCCUGGAGCCGGGUGUCACAUACACUGUCACCCUAUCCGUAGAGGUCUAUGCAGGAGGACUGUCACAGAGAAGUGACACUAGACAACAAUCAGUUGUAACAUCACCUGUUUCUUUAGGUGUUCCUGUGGUGGAUGAAUUCACUACCCACUCCAUCACGAUAAGAUGGACCCGGCAGACACCAUACACCCAUCGCGUCUACAUCCAAGAGAAGGACUCCGAUACCAUAUUAGCUGAAGCGUCCUAUCUCAAUUCCGAUUCUGUCACCUCCCACACAUUUGACGUGCAGCCGGCCACACUGUAUGAAGUGACCAUAGAGAUCAUUGAUAGCGCUGAUGUUGUUCAAGCAGCAAACUCCAAGGAUGUGAGAUCAUUACCUGAAGCGGUUGCAUAUGCCCAGAUGACAUCUGUGACUUCCACGUCAAUUAGUCUCUUGUGGGAUAUCCCAGACGGCGCAACAUCGGAUGGCUUUGAAUUAAGGGUGAUCCCCCCUCCUACGCCUGGGAACUACCCUAUCGUAGUCACUGAACAGAGUUAUGUAAUCGAAAGCCUUCGACCUGGAACCAUUUACGACAUUCAAGUGGUCAGUCUCUCCGGGCAAGCUAGUAACUGUCAGACGUUUGGCGCUCCUUUCCAGAUCGUUACAACGACAGAUUUUUUGGAAGAUUUGGAGAUUGUGGCAGUCAACAUCCUCGACACGGAAGCAUCGUUGCAAUUUACGGCAAAUAAUUUUGAGAGUACCGGCGUGCGAUUUCGGAUAACGUACACCCCUACAGAUGGUUCAGCUGCCAGCCAAACCAUCGAUGUUACUGAAGGGAUAUACUUUGUAGAGGUCAUCGACCUACUUGGAGGUACAAGUUAUGACGUGGAACUUGAAGUCAUUAGAGGCGACACUCUGUCAGUGGAGGCGACCACAACUACCACAUUUGUUACUUUGCCCAAAGCUCCUGUGAGUAUAUCCGAGAUAUCCAAAGGCUUCUUCUCGUUUACCGUAGAGCUUGAACCACCGACCGACAACUACGAUGGCGUUUUCAUCACCGCCAACGGCGAAUCAAAAGAGAUUCUCGCCGGCGCAGCAGAUUUCCAAGUCACGUUUGAAAACCUUGUUCCAGGGGAAACGUACACCGUGGAUGCCUACUCGUUUUUAUCUUCCCCGGAACUGACGAGUCUCCCCCUCAUGGAUUUCAUCCCAGUUUCCAUAACAACAGACACUCCUGACCCCGGUGAGAUAACCGUCCAGUCCUUCUCCAUGACUUCAAUUACCGUCAGCUGGGGUGCUGUUCCAAACGUGGACCAGUACUUGGUCACCCUUGAUCCCUCCGAAGGGGUUCGUACUGAAAAUAUCAUGAAUAGACGAGUCGAUUUCACGGAUCUCACCCCAGGCCGGAUGUAUAACAUAACUCUCAUCUCAGAAUCACCUUCAGAGCCUGAUAUUACUUCAAGCAUCAUUCAAAACACAGUUCCCUUUCCUCCUUCAUCUCUGGUUGUCGAGGAUCUUGAUGUUAGCAAUACAAUCGGCUUCCGACUCAGCUGGCAACUUCCGGCACAAGGAGAAUGGAAUGGUUUUAGGAUCACCUACACUCCAAUGAAUGGAGUAAGUCAGAAUAAAGUGGUGGGCAUGACCGUGACUAGUACGACCCUGGAAGGUCUCUUUCAGGAGACGCAGUAUACUUUGGUCCUGACUUCCGUAACCGGACAGGAUGAUACGGUACAAGAUAGUGAAGCUUUGUCCGAAGUGGCUCAAAGCAGGAGACUUCCAGACAAUACUAUGAUCAUCAACCUGAUAGAUGAAAGCACUGCUUUCUUUACUUGGACCAUCUGGCAAGGCAGUUCCACUUUAGACAUCUUAAACGAGGAAUCCGCCGUGGUGGCCUCUGAUCUGGUCUUCAACUCCAGGUGGGAGGAAAAUGGCCUGUCCCCAGCCUCUGUGUAUAGAAUCACCGUGAUGAGGUUUGAAGUAGGUCAAAUCUUCGACCAAUCCAUCACAAGGGAUUUCAGAACGGCUCCCUUGCGACCAUCUGCAAUAGAAGUCCUUGAAGACGAAUCUAAUGACAAGGAGAUCACGAUCUCUUGGACACCUACAAGUGGGUCCGAGUUCUAUCUUGCGACGCUUGUGCAUCCCGAUGGGAGUGAGGUUUCACAUCCCGCAGUCUCAGCCUAUGUCCCGCUCGUAGCCACGUUCACCGGCCUGGAUAACGGCACGAACUAUCGUCUCGUGGUUGCAUCCGGGCUCUAUCAGUUUGAUCAGUACCCUGAGCUCCUGAGCCCUGCUGCUAUGAUUGAGCAUACCACAGAUGCUCUUGGUGAAGACGGUCCUACUUUACCUCCAUCACCCUCAACUGUUGUUGCGACCGCCGGAUCAGAGGAAACCUCGGUCAGAAUUUUCUGGUCGACUCCACAAGCAUCUGACAAUAUCUACAGAUACAAGAUCGUGUAUGCACCAUCGAGCAAUGGCGGUGAGGCAGCCUUGCUUGCUGACCCGGCAGAUGGUAGCAGUGAGAUUUUCAACCUUAUUCCUGCAGUUCCUUACACAUUCUUCCUGUCUUCGGUGGUCCAGAAUUUAGAGAACAACACGUUUCUCGAGAGCGAGCCUGUCAAUGCAACAUACACGAUCGACCCCACACCUGGAGAAGUUUACGUGCUAACCAAGACCAAUAGUUCAAUUACCUUCAUCUGGACCCAAGUUGGCCAGCCCUCUUCCUUUGCACUCAUUUUGACAUCUAACGGCGAACAGAUUGGCGAUGAGGUCACGGUGUCUGGUUCGUAUCGGCCGAGUUACACGUUCGAAGGCUUACAAUCCAGUACCGAGUAUACUGUGACUGUCAACCACCACACACAGUUCGAAACACAGACUGGUUCAUCAGUGGAGGCAUCUUACAAUGCCACCGCAACUACAAACCCAAAUCAACCUGGACCUGUCAGUAUCCUCUCCGAAGAGCGAGUAUCCCUCGUCAUCGGUCUUGAAGAACCCCCUGUUUCAACAAGUUUUGAUAGCUACCUGAUAUCCUUCAGCAGGGAUGGAGUCGAUGUCGAGAUGCUCGCUGGGUCAGCCGACGCCGAUGACGUAUCGUUUGAAAUAGACGGUCUUUUCCCAGAUACGUCAUACACUAUCUAUGUAAGAUCAGCGUACGGUAGUGGGCCGUCUCGGAGUGUUAGUGAGCCAUCUGUAACAGAAGGAAACACCGUAACCCCUCUUCCUGGGGAAAUUGUCAUCCUGGACUACACAAGCACCACCAUCGAGUUCUUGUGGGGAGACAGCACGAUGGAGCCGGGAUUUGUCCGCGAGGAGGUGAGCUACUCACCGAUGACCAACUCAUCUAGUGAGGAGAUCAUCAGUGAGAGAAGAAGAAGACUGGUUGACCUACGUCCCGGGGUUCUCUAUACCAUCAACCUCAAAGUGAUAUCAUCCAGUCCCAUGGAAAACAGUACCUCACAGAGGACAGUUCCCCUGCCGCCAAAUAACCUGGAAGUGGUUGAGGAGACUCCGUUGACAGUAACCUUCAGCUGGGGUCUAGAGGACACUCAACUGGACAACUUUGUCAUCUUCUACAUGCUGAACGGCGAGAGUGUGAACGUGACGGUUAAUUCGGGGCUGAGGACAUACGCACUGAUGAAUCUACAGCCUGAUACGGUGUACGACUUCAGUAUGGUGACAGUCAGCGGGGAUGAAGAAAGUGUCUCUGUUCCUGCACGUGGAGUAACAGUUGCCCUUCCUCCGAACACCAUCCUAGCUGCGGAAACGACAGCCACAACCAUCAAUCUAUGGUUCUCCCCCAUCCUCGGCCCGACCGGUGCAUACGACGUCGAGGUUGAGGGGGUGGAUGGUCCAAACACGAUUAUCCAGCCCGACGAGCUGCUGAACAUUCAGCUUACCGGCUUGUCGCCGAGUACUGUGUAUGAGAUCCAGGUCAAUAGGAUGACACAGAAUUAUCGUCAGUCUGUCCGGACAAAUCCGCCAAAUCCUGGCAAUGUGACAGACGUCGAACCCGGUCGAUUCGGCGUUGAAUUCAGCUUCAGCCCUGGGCAACCUGCAGAUGCCGUCAACUUCUAUGAGAUUUACGGCGAGGAUGAUGGUUCUUCAAGAAUCCUGGGCAACCCCUCUUGUUGCAACCAGGUAUUGCUUGCAUCCAUUCCUGCCGCCGCUCCUCUGACCUUUGAAGCUACGGGACUUAAUCCAAAUACACCUUACGUCUAUGAGAUUAGAUCUCUCCUCGACAGUGCUGGUGACUUUCCCAUGCAAAGAAGUAAUCAAGUACAGCUAGUUGAAUUCACGACAGCUUCACUCCCGCUUGGCGACCUCGACGUCCGCGACAUAACAACCACCACAAUCAACCUCAUAUGGCUCACAACAGGCUUAGAAUCACUGGCAUUCUUUCUCAGCUACAAGCAGGCGGAUGCGAGUUCCUUCAACACCAGUUUUACAAGAACUGAGCCGGGGACCCAGUACGCGGAAUUCACGCUGGAGUCCCUGCUUCCCGGUGAAUUGUACACUGUUAGAAUACAGAAUGGGGAAAAUGACCUCAACGAUGAAAUCACGCAGAGAACCCGUCCGAAUUCUAUCACGCGAUUGACGACGACCGCCCGCACAUCCACCAGCCUCUCCCUGGAAUGGGGUGCAGCUGACGGUGUUCUUUCUUACUAUGAAGUUGUUUACGAUCCCCCAACCAUCUAUUUUCCACGACGAACCGAAGUGCAAGCAGAGGAACCACUCAAUCUCACUCUUUCUGGACUGUUCCCUAAUACAACUUACACUGUUACCGUGGUAACAUGGUCUGGCACCGGUGCUGACGAAACAUCUAGCACUCCAUUCACUGGCUCGUUCCAGACAGUCCAAGAACAACCGCUGACACUUAUCCUCUUAUUUGUCAAUGAGACUCGAGCCCACUUCACCUGGGGGUUGGCUGCUGGGAUAAACACUUACAGUGUUGAGGUGACAUCCUCUGCACAGGACAGUCAGAUGACGACUCCAGUAGAGGUCCCACCUGGAGCUGCUCCUUCAUCUGUGAGUGGCGAGCUGAUGCCGGGUAACUUGUAUGUUGCCAAUGUUCGAGCUGCUGGUGGACCUGGACCUGGUCCCGACCUACUCUUCAGAACGAAGCCGAGACCUCCCAUGGGGCUAUCAGUGGAACCCGGACCAGUAGGCUAUUUCUCCUUGCUUGUUGAAUGGAACGUGCCCGAGGAUACAAUUUUCAGCGAGUUUGAAGUCCGCAUCCGGCAAGUAGAUCAGGUCGAGACCAUGAGGUCAGAGGUCGUUGAUGGCUCUACCACAGAGCUGGUCCUCGAGGAUCUCAUCCCGGAAGUGAACUACACCGUGGAGGUGCUGACGAUCUCGAUGGGGGAGGGAUUUACAUCUGUGAGUGAUGCGAUUGAUGCUGUGGGCAUGACGGAUCCAUUCCCGGAUGGAACCUUGAUCGUGACUGACUACAAUACCACCACCAUAACGGUCAAUUGGCGCAAGCAAGAUGGAGUGGACUAUUUUACACAGUUGAGUGAGGUUGGUCAACAGGUGAGAGAGGAAUUUCAAGGUCGACCUGAGGAGACAUCGGCGACUGCCACCACUUUCUCGUACACGUACACAGACCUAGUUCCUGGAAGAAAUUAUGAGCUCAUUGUCAGAAGCACUGAUGAUAGCAUUUUUGAUGUCCUUAUCCGCGCGACCCAGAGAACCGUUCCAACACCUCCAAUGAAUCCCUCGGCCGCACCACUCGGUGGAGAGAUCAUCACUGUGUCCUGGAUGGCAGCAGAGAAUGACUUGGAGUUUUACGAGGUCACCACCAUUCCUGCCCCGGAGUCUUCCAUCGUGAGCGUUCCGAGAGAUCAGCUGACGGUUGAUGUAGAAGGGUUAGAACAAAACACAGAGUAUGUCGUCGAGAUCAGGAGUGUGAGCGGUAGCGGGGAUUCAUCGCAGAAGAGCGUUCCCGUUUCAGUAAAUGUCACUACAGAACCAAUUAUCAUGACAGUCUUUUCUGUUGUGCCCGAUGCUCUGCUCAUCAGCUUCACUGCCAUUGAUGGUGUCGUGGAUGGGUAUCGCUAUGGAUACCGUGCCCUUCCAUCUGGCGCAUUCACUUACGACCUUCUAACUGCAUCUCAAAACGAAUUUUCUAUCACCAACCUAAGGUCUGGUGCUUUGUAUGAGAUAACGCUAGAUACACGUCGAGGAGACUCCAACACGGAAGUCGACAGAAUCGUGGCCAGAACAAGACCUGUUCGCCCGAUGAUUAUUGAUUCAGCCACGGAGGUCAAUGACAAUUCAAUCACCAUAGAAUGGACAGCCCCCUCUACUGCCGAUAGUGAUUAUGAUGGAUUCCGCAUGACCUAUGACCCCACUGAUGGGGCCUUGGAGUCCCCCCUCUCUCUGGAUAAGACAAGGACUUCUCUUACCCUGACCCGACUUGAACCGGACAGUUCUUACGAUGUCACCUUGGUGGCCGUCUCUGGUCAGGGAAGAACAGAACAAGAAAGCUUUCCUGCUGAAAUUACUGUUCAAACAGAUGCUGGUGAACCGGGUGGUGUGAAUAUCAAGGAGGUCAAUGAGACUUCAAUUCGCAUCACAUGGAAUAGAGUUGAUGGCGCCAGCUAUAGCCCAACCAUCGACCCAGAUGAAGGAGAUUUGAGAAUCUUGGGUGAGAACUCAGCCAUCUUUGAAGAACUCACGCCAGGUCAACUGUACACUCUGAUGACAGGGCAAUCGCCUGGGCCCUCAGGUCCACCUACACAGCAGUAUACAGUACCAAAUCCACCGACGGACGUAGCCAUUUCCAGAACGACUGCCUUUGAGCUGGACAUAUCCUGGACCCCACCAUCCGUUGGGUUUUAUGACUCCUUCCGUCUGACAUACUCCCAGGUUGGAACGGAUGAUCCGAUCUCUGUGUCGGUGCCUGCUAGUGACGAACCCUCUGUGACUCUCCCAGACCUGUUGCCGGAGACGUCAUACGCUGUGUCGGUUGUUUCAGUCCGUGGGACAAUCAACAGUGAGGCCGAUGAGACAUCGGGAACAACAGGUCGAGCGCCAGAGGGUGUUCCAAUUCUUUCAAAUCGGACAAUCAACAGCAUCUCCAUCACAUGGGCAGUAUCUACCCUUCCCUCUGCCACCGGGUACCGUCUGAUGAUCAGGACAGCUGGAGGAGCGUCACCUCCAGCUGACCUCCCACAAUCCGCCACUACCUAUACCUUCGAGAACUUGGCUUCAGGCACAAACUACGUUAUCAGUCUAAGCAUCGUUGGCUCAGUAGAAGCUCCCCAGGAAUUGGCAGUGACGACAAUUCCUCAGACUCCAGGUGCCAUUCAAAUUGAGGACACCACGCAGACUAGCAUCACAUUCUCAUGGGAAAGUGCCGCAGGGAACUUUGAUCGCUACACCGUCUACCUCUAUCCCUUUACCUCGGAUCCUGUUUUCCUGGAUGACGUCGAAAGGGGGGCGGACCUCAUGUUCUCGAAGAACUACCUUGCUCCAGGGACUUUGUACAGGAUACAGGUCUAUGCAGUGACAGGAACAACGCUCAGCGCUGUUAGUGAAAGAACAACCUCAACAGCGAUGGAGCUCCUUGUGUUCAGCCCAGUAGAUUCAUCUGGACUUGAUGUGUCAUGGCCUAAUGCACCAAACUCUCCUAACUACGACCUUGAAUAUGUACCGUCUGAUGGUUUGCGACGAUCACCAAUAUCUACUCCAGAGGACACUGUCCUCCUCAGUGAGCUAACGCCAGGUCAGAUCUACAACUUUGCACUCUACUCCGGAAGCCCUGGGUCUGAUAUACAAAGACUAGUCAGAGCAACGUAUGUUUUGGCCCCGCUCACACCAACCGUCAAGAUUUCCAUCGUCUCUCCAACAACCAUCCUAAUACGGAUCACCCCUGCCACUGCUGGCGUGUUGGACUACUACCGGGUCGACGUGGCAGCCAGGCAAUCUGCCCUUGGGGUCGGCCCUGACGGCAUGGCAAGCUUUGAAAUCCCAAGGGAGGCCUGCCCAGAGGUGUUUGUCACUGACUUGGUCCCCGGUGGAACGUACGAUGUCGAGGUCGCCGCGGUUGCCGGGGAAACCGAGAGCGAUGUUGUAACCCAGGAUUUCUCUUUAGAGCCAAUGAUGCCUGGCCAGUUAUAUGUGAACGACCGAAGCCCCACCUCCUUGGAAGUAGUCUGGGGUGCAGUCACCGAUCAGACCUUCAACAACUAUCUUCUCUUCCUGACCCUUGGGAGUGUCCAGGUCAGAACCGAGGAAUAUCCCAGCAAUGCAGAACGUAGAGUGUCCUUCGAUGGCCUCAUCGCUGGCACAUCAUACAAUGUAGAACUUUUCGCCGAAGGAGAAGAAGUGACAUCCCUCAGCUCUCUAGACACGUCUACAGCACCGUAUGCCCCUGCCAGCUUGUCCUUCCUGUCUGUCGAAGGUCAAGAGGUUGUGGUAGGGUGGCCUCUGGCAGACUCUUAUGUUGAUUACUACGAACUCUGCUGGACCCCCUUCAACCAAACACGAAUUCUGGAGCGAAGUGUGACCCAGACCGUUUUGACUCUCGACCAAUCAGAUGUGGAGUACACCAUCUCCAUGCAUUCCGUAAUCGAACGUGAAGGGACACACCCUCUCAGGAGUGAGGCCGUCUCUCGUUUCAUCACUAUCGACGAGGGUUUGGAAGGCGAACUGAAUGUGACUGAUUACGAUUUGUCUUCGAUCUCCGUCGAGUGGAGCGAAGUAGUGAGCAUCGUGUUUGAAAGCUAUGGUCUCCGAGCUGUUACACAGGGCUUAGGGGUAGUGGUAGAAAGCGAGGUACCCAUCGAGGAUCCGAGGACAUACACCUUCAUGGGCCUAAUACCUGGUGUGAGAUACACCCUCAGUAAUAUCUUACGUGGCUCUGACCCCACUGUGACGAGGAUGGUGCAUCAGAGAACUAGACCAAGCCCUGUUACUGGCCUCGUUGUGACUGCAGUGACGUCCCAAUCCAUUACCGUCACCUGGCAGGAAGUCACUCAAGGUGUUUUCAAUGACUACGUCGUCACCUACGCUCCCUCCGACAACCCUACUAUGGUCAGGUUUGCCAAUCGCAUUCCUAACAGUGGUGACACAGUUUCUGUCAUCGACGGGCUGCUCCCCGAUACAUCGUACCAGGUGACAGUCUACACCAGUAGUGGUAUAGGUCAGGACCAGACGACCAGUACAGAAGCAUCCGUUAGCCCUACAACCACCGCCCUCCCUGAAUGCUCAAUUCAAGUAAUAGGAACCAUGUUUACUGAGAUCACCGUUCAGUGGGGUUCGUGUCCCGAGGUCUUUGGUAGCUACCAAUUGACCUUUGACCCUAACCCCAACGGCCUGCAGCCAGGGAACGUUCCAAUAAAUGGAGAAUUCGAAUAUACCUUUUCCAACCUGGUCCCGGGACAGAGAUACAUUGUUGGAAUCAGAGACGCCGGCACGAGUGAACCGUACGCGACGGAUGCUGUCUAUACAGAUCCAAAUGCACCCACCGUUCUGGUGGCAGCAGAGGUAACGACUUCCAGCCUCACGGUCGAGUGGUCUCCUCCCGUGGGUGAAUACGAAUCGUUCAGUCUGGAACUAAACGGCAUGAACGGGGUGCAGCAAGCCACUUUGGGAAGGGACCAGAUUGAAGAAGGCAGCCAGCCUUCUUUCAUGUUUGAUUCUCUGAGGCCAGACACACCUUACACGGUCAGCAUCUGGACUGUCGUUGGAAGCGACAGCCUCCAGAAGAGCAGCGCUCCGUUGGAAGAAGAAUUCACAACAGAUGCCUUGGAACCUCGGCAGCUCUCGGUCAUCGCCUUUGGCUCGCUUUCCAUCACCGUGGUUUGGGGAGAAGUGACGGACAUCGACUUCGCUGAGUACGUCAUCCGGUUCCAACCAUCCACCGGUAGUGCAAUUUACGCGAGAGUCCCAAGGCAUCAGGCAAGAGAAGUUACUUCGUCUAUCCUACUGCCUGGCCAGCUCUACGCCAUCUCACUGCUGGCCAUCCAGGAGGAUGGUUCGCUGGAUGUUCCGUCUUUGAGUGAUAUCGAUCAGCGCACUGCCCCCCUGCCUCCUUUCAACCUCGACACGCAAACUUUGCAGGAGGAAUCUACAUACUCCAUCAUUCUGUUGUGGAGCAGGCCCCUAAGUAUCAUUGACCAGUACGAGCUGACGUACAGUCCAGCCGAUGGACAGAGCGAUAGGGUAAUUACCCUAGACCCCAGCGCCUCGGACUACACCUUCGGGGAACUGACGCCCUCCACGACGUACCGGUUCACUAUCAAGAGUGUGGCCGGUGAAGAUCCCACACAGACGGAGAGUAUGGAGGUUUUGGCGAGCCAGCGGACAUUGUCGUCCCCUCUUGGUGACCUCAUCCUACGUCGUAAGACCACCGAUUCCAUCACUGUCACUUGGGGUAUUGGAAACAUUGCUGUCGGUGUUCCUGAGGGGAAUUACGUUCUGAAGAUCACGCCGGGCAACCGUGACGUGCUCGCGACCAACGAAGAGCGGAACGUUGAAUUUGGCAUGCUGGACGCGGCAACACUCUACACCAUACAGCUUACAGAGGAUGGCAAUGUGCUCAGCAACCUCACAGUACUAACAAACCCUGUUUCACCGGCAAUUUUGGGUAUUCAGUCGGACGAGACGUCGGCUACAGUGUCUUGGAAUCGAUUUCUCGGCCACGACGUCGAUAAUUUUGAGGUGUAUUACCGCAAAGCUUCCUCCGUGGGCGAGUAUACCCUAGCAGGUGAGGUGGACGGAGAGACACAGUCGCAGAGCCUCACUGGUUUGGAUCCGUCGACAGAGUAUGAUGUUCAGGUCUUCAGCGUCGUCACAGUUGGUGAUCAGACAGCAAAAAGUGAACCAGCCGAGAUGCCAUUCACCACAGGCGCCUUCGAUCAAUUAGAGUUGAGUGUCACAGACGUCACGACCACCUCAAUCUCUCUUAUAUGGGGCACCUGGGAGGAUCGAGACAACUUGCCAGACUUCACAAAUUAUGAACUUAGUAUCAUUCCCCGUGAUGUGGAAGAAUUGAUCCCCGGCCUGGAUGAAUUCAGAGCUACGUUUGACAGGUUGAUACCUGGACAGGAAUACACAAUUCAAAUCAAACUGACCACUCUCGAUGAACCUGUGACUCAAAUCGUCCAGAGGACUAAACCUGGCCAGCCCUUAUCUCUUACAUCACCAAGAAGUAAUUUUACAGUUAUUGAUCUUGCCUUCGAGCCUCCAAUCGCUGGGUUUAUUGACUUCUUUAAACUCAUGUACUCUCAGAUAGAUGGUAGUGAGCAGACGCCUAUCAUGGAGGAAUUGUUAGCUGCUGAUGAGACGUCGUUCUCAGUCGAGGGGUUGCAGCCAAACACAUCCUACUACUUCACUCUGACUGCUAACAGCGGAACCCCAACGGACUUCACUACAAGCCUCCCAAGAGAAGCCAUUUUCACCACCAGUGCUGUACCAGAGCAAACGGUUGUAUCUGGCUCCAUCACUUGCGACACCAUCAAGAUCUUCUGGUCGCCUGACCCUCAAGACGAUGUCCUGUACCGAAUAGCGAUUUCACCGGGCCCGUCCACCGACGAGUUCAGUCGUAUGCCGGAAUACACCUUCAUGGAACUCGACGCAGCCACCGAAUACACCAUUUCAGUGGCCGCUGUGGCGUUUAUUGCGAAUUAUCGCUCUGACUAUGAUCCACUAACUGUGCAGACCCGUCCGAAUGGUCCCGGAAGUAUUACCGUCAGUGACACAACAACCACGACAAUCGAGAUUACGUGGGUACCACCAGUAGACGGCAAUUUUGAUGCUUACAUUGUCUCUAUCUCAUCUGAAGGUGGUUUGCCUAGGGAGUAUGACGAAAUCCCUAGGUCGGAGGAAAGACGACUUUCUAUCACCGGACUUGAUGCUGAUGUCCUUUACACCAUUGAAAUCGAUACAGUGAUCUACGGAUCACAAAGAUUGAUAAGCUGCGAGACUGCUUCUAUAGAUGCCAGGACAGUUGCCUUGGAUGAGGGUCAGAUCACAGUUACAGCCUUCACAACUAAUUCCAUCACAGUCAUCUUUGGUAAGAAAGAAGGUGCUAGGGGAUACAUUGUAGCCUUGAGGAACCUCGAUGGUAGCACGCCAGUGGAACGGGAAGCCAACCUGCAACCUUCGGCUCCCGCUCGUGUGACCUUUGACAUGCUAACUCCAGGAGUGAAUUAUGCUAUCACACUUGACUCAGAAGGAGAGAUUGAGCAGAGGACACGACCUGUACCGCCUAGUAUCGUCCUGACUCCAACCUCCACCGUCACGUCGUUUGAAGUCGUCUGGAACGUAACACUCGGAGUCUACCACAAUUUCCUUCUUGUCAUCACCAACCCCGAUGGCACGACUAGGCCAGAGGUUGCCCUCGGGCCAACGGACAUCUCAAGGGAAGUUGAUGAGCUUCUUCCGGGAACAGAGUACUCAAUCCAGCUUUAUUCCACUGUGGGAACGGGAGAUAGCUUGAUCCGGAGUGAGCCCACUGAAGUUCAAGGAAUGACUGAAUCUCUAAGUGCGCUGGAAGUGAUCUACAUAGACCGGACCACGGAUAGUCUAGAGGUGGCUUGGGGUGCCAGUUCUUCACCCAACCCCGGUGGGUACAGGAUCUUCUUCCACCCUGAAGGACAAACCGACACCACACCUCUUAUCGCCCAGGAUAGAGACAUCAGAAGAGGAUCUCUUCAAGCCGGGCAGCUGUACAACGUCAGCGUCGUGCCCGUAAACUACCCUGAAGAACUUGGAACUCUGGCAGUCAGAACAAUUCCUUUUGCUGUUCGGGGUCUGGAACUGGCUGGGGAUCCCAGCUCUAUAUCAUUUGCCAUUUCUUGGAUCCAACCGGUGAGCGGAGUUUAUGAUGGCUAUGCAGUGUACAUUGCAGGCACAGACAAUGUAGAAUGGCAGAUAGCCAGGAUAGGUGAUACUGAUACGACACAACUCCUUAUUGAGGACCUGGACCCGAAUCGUGAAUACAUCGUGUCCGUCUAUGCCGUUGCAGGCUUUGACCAGUCUACAGAGGUCCUCAGCGAAGUCACCAAGGCUGAUGUCUCAACUGUGUCGCUGGAUCCGCUGGCAUUGGAGACGUAUUCAUUGACUGAGACGACGAUUGGUGUUGCCUUCGGACCGGCCAGUGAAGAAGACCUUGUGGGCUCUUCAGGAUACACUUUGGCAUUGACACAAGAAGGCUCAACCAUCGAGGCUACCAACAUACCAAUUGAUGGUUCUACGAAGUAUGUCUUCACCAAUCUUAUACCAGGGACCUUAUACAUUGCCCAGGUGGAAGUCAAGAACACUGAUGUUCUUUCAGAUGAAUUGGGCAUUAGAACUAUUCCUCGGCAAGCUUCCAAUUUCAGAGACACCAUGGUCACAGCAGAUGAGAUCUCGCUCUCCUGGACGCCUGCUUCAGGUAACGUUGACGGCUACGACAUCACCUACACUCCGGAGGGUGGUGAGGAAGUUACCAUGUCCGUCGAACCAGAUCAGACCAGUGCCGUUUUGAGGAACCUUGCUUCAGCUACCGAGUACAUAAUCCUGCUCAUCUCCAGGGCCGGACCAAGUACCUUUAGUGAACCUCUGGAGUUGUCUGUUAUGACAAGAUCUGCCCUUCUAACCCUGCAACCCAGCCCCGAUCCUUCAACCGACGUCGUCGUGGACUGGGACGAAGAAGCGGGAUCCGUCCUGAAGUACGUGUUGACCUAUGACCCCAAUGAUGGAGAGCCAAUCUCCCCGAUCGAGACCACGACCCCUGGCCCCGUCUCAAUCACAGGUCUGAAUCCUGGCUCUCAGUACGUCUUUACUCUCUCUACUGUUCUUACCAACAAUGUCCAGUUCUUCUCCAGCAGUGUCUCUCAUAUUACAGUCCCACAGGAGCCGGUCGAUGUAGAGAUUACAGAUGUGACGACCUCCAGCAUCACCUUGUCCUGGUCUCCACCCAGCGAAGGACAGUUCUACGGCUACAUCUUGAACUACAGAGGAGACGGUCUUUCAUUAGAGCUCGGCCGCACCCCUGCUACCAGUCUCUUACCAAGUUAUCAGGAUUCUAUUACCCUCAAGGGCUUGACUCCGCGCAAUGAUUACAGGAUGGUAAUAGCCACGUACGUGGAGUACGAUGGUGUGACCUACACCAGUACUAACGUUACAAGUAUUGACCGCACAUUAUUUUCAUCUGAUCUGAACAUUGUGGUCAAGUUUGUAAACCAGACAUCUAUUACAUUUGAGUGGCAGCUUGCAGUGGGAGCAGAUGGCUACGAAACGAUGGUGUUCGACCCUACAGCAGGAGGAGUGGGUUCCCCACUAACUGUACUGAAUGGUAUCAAUGAGAGAACGGUUUCCAACUUAGUCCCCGGAAGGAAUUAUCAGAUCUCUGUUUCUGCAUCAAGAGUGGAUCAGAGUGACUCGAUACAACAGAGAACAUUACCCAAUGCACCAAGUGACGUUAGUGUGGAGCCUGAGGCAGCAGCAUUAACUUUGUCUUGGGAUCCAGUCCCUGGAGAUGUUGACGGUUAUUAUGUCUUCUACCAGCUCGAGGACAACCCCUACCAGAUAUCAGAACUCUUUUAUGUGGAGGAUUCACCUAGUCCGAUGGUGCGAAUUACAGGAUUAAGACCUCUCACAGGCUACACUUUAACCGUUACAUCAUAUUCCGGUGAAGGUAUUGAACGUGAAAUCAGCUCCACAGUUGUCGAAACUGCCACAGUUGACUACAGACCUGCUGAGAUCGUGAUCGAAGAAGUAACAACCGAAAGUAUCCGUCUCUCUUGGGGUGUGUCCUCUGAUCCAGCAGCAACCGGCUACGUCAUUGAGGUUUCUGGUGGGGAUGACGUGUCCAGCUACACCAGGGGAUUAUUCCAGCAGAAUAUUGUCAUCCCCAACCUCACACCCGGAACAUUCUACACUGUCACAGUCACGGUGACCGGAAGCGGAGAGCAGGAUACCGCAAGUGCACUGACAGUGCCUACUGCACCAAGGACUCUGUCUGUUGACUCUGUCUCUCAGUCCAUCGUCCAAGUGUCCUGGUCUGCUGGCGAAGGUGAAUUUGAUGAGUUUCAGAUAUACCUGAGGCAAGACGGUGAAUCGGAGAUCCACAUUGAUGAUGUUCCUCCAACGCAGCUCACCCAAACUUUUGAAAACCUUGAACCUGAUACCAUGUACACUGUGAGAAUUGUUUCUGUCGUGAGGAGACAGAAUCUAGAACAGAGGAGCUCGUCUGCAGAAACUGAUUUCACUACCCAACCUAGAAUCAUCAAUCUUGAGCAAACCGGAAGAAAUCUCAGGGUGUCCUGGGCUAACGAGUUUGGAGAUGACAUUCUGAAAUACCAGCUGAUCUACAUCGAGGAUGAGGUGGAUGCUACUUCCAUGUCUGUGUUUGUUGAUCCAGGGGUUGCGCCAUCGGUCAAUCUUAUGAGAUUGCGACGGGGCCAAACAUACACGUUUAUUUUGACAGCCGUCCGACUCUCCGGGAACCGAGAACAGCUGGCUUCUACCUCAUACACUCUAACACCAUCACGGCCACAGUUCACUCUUUCCAGACCCUUCCCGUCCAUCGUGAGAUUCCUCGCAAGGCUCCUUGGUGGAAAAAAUAACUUCUUGCGUUUCAGGGUCGUGCUACGAGCCUCUCCAGCAGGGGCUGGCACGCCCAUCAAUAUUGACGUCCAAGUCCCAGCUGAUGCCUGUCCAGAAAUAGAGCUCUCCGGUCUCAUCCCUGACACCGACUACCAGGUCACUUUCCUUGCAGAGUCCGGUGCUUCCUCAAGUGAACCUGAAAUUGUAACAUUCACAACGCCUGCGGUAAUUGAACAAGGACAGCUGUCAUUCGGCGAAUUGACCUCAUCCGGUUUCACAGUGUUCUGGUCACCCUUUAAUGGUCUGUCCACAUACACACUGACCAUCGAUGGAGUAGAUAUUGAUGUCCCUGCGACAAGUGAUCCGGUGCAAGCCUAUGAAUUCAGCAACCUAAGCCCAAGCACACUUUACACAGUCAGUCUGGCUCAGGGAGGGACGGAAAACAUCAGAACACGUCCACUUGCUCCCGGUUCCUUAGUGGCAACGCAGGUCUUGGACACCAGCAUUCAGCUUUCAUGGAUUCCUUCAUUUGAUAAUAAUGUUGCUAGAUAUGAGAUAUGCUAUUCGCCCGCUGAAGAGUCUGCCUCGCCCAUUGCCGUCCCUGGAGGCAGAACCACCAACCAAUACACCCUGACGGGACUUGAUCCAGACACCAUAUACAUCAUCAGCAUUGCUGCGGUCACAGGAAGCCCCGAAGUCGGGAGCGAAAAGCAAACAGUCUUUGCCACAACAAUUGCUGACACCACAAUCCCCGUGGCCAGUAACUUCGAAGUCACCACCACCCAGGCCGCAGACCAUGUCAUUGUCUUGGGCUGGGAUCUUCCCGAAAGAUCAGCCUUCGACUUCUUUGAGGUGUCGUACACCCCCAACGUCGGCUCCCCGUCAUCUCCUGUCAGACUGUCCAAGACCGCCACAAGUCUGAGCAUUAUGAAUGCCUUGGCUGAUACGGUAUAUGAAUUUGAUUUAGUCAGUGUUCGAGAUGAAGAGAUGACGGACCCACCCCUUACUGCCACAGACCAAAUAGACGUCGAUAACCUUAUCGUUGUUAUUGGAGAGAGGACAACCACAUCUCUAGAGGUCUUGUGGGGUGAACGGCUGGCUGUCGACGAGUACCAGGUCUCCUACGAUGGGACUCUCUUUGAAACUGUUGAUGGGAAUGAUCCUAGGAGGGUCGUUAUCACUGGCCUUUCUCCUGGAACAGAGUAUACUGUUACUGUAGCGGGCAUCGAUGCAGGGGUACCCGUUGCCACGGACAUGGAGACAGCAUCUACUUUGCAUGAACCAAACGGACUAUCUGCGAUGGUGACUGAUCAGUCAGCCUCCAUGAUCCACCUUACAAUAACUCCGCCGUUCGAAGAUCCCCAGAGAUACGACGGGUACUACGCCCGAGUACGCGUAGGUGGCUUGACCGACUUCUCGAGUCCGGUCGCACAACGCAUCACGGUCGCGAAGUCUGCAUGCCCGGAGCUGUGGGUCAAGAACCUGGAACCUGACACAUUGUACGAUGUUGAGAUUGAGUGGUACAGUGGCUUGGAUAUCAGUGAGCCAUUGAUGAUUUCAACCAGCACGGUUGCUGCCGCACCGCUGGAAAUAAGCGUGGUCGAGCUGGGUACAGACUCCAUGACCGUGUCGUGGCAGGAAGGAACGGGAUCCUUCUCAAAUUACCUGGCCUCCUACACACCCGGUGGGACCACUCCAACACUGAUUGCAAGGGGAGAGCAACGGGUCCUGGACCUGACCGGUCUGGUUCCUGGAACUGCCUACACCAUUACAGUUCAACAGCAAGGACAGACCUCUGCCCUUGAGACACACAUCCAACUUACAUUGCCUGAAGUUGUGAAUGGCCUAGAUGUCACGGAGUUUAAAAAUGCACUCGAUGUAACGUGGAGUGUGCCCUCUACAGGCAACUAUGAUGGAUAUAGGGUCUGUCAUUACCCAAGAGGCACUCUGAGUUCACCUCAUUCCUUGGAUGGUGUCACGUCGGUCAAUCUCCCUGGUUUAAAUACCCUCACCUACUAUCUGGUUACUGUUUCAAGUCGCAUCCUUGCAACAUAUGGGGAACCAUCCACAAUCACUCGGCAGACACUGAUUGGCGAUCCCGGAGACAUCAAUAUUGCUCCCGAAGACGUCGAGACCGAAUCGAUCAAAAUUACUUGGGUUACAGUCGAUACAAUAACAAGGUACACUGUUGGAGGCGGAUCCCAGGCUCCACAGACUGUCACAGUUGCAUCCCAGGCGCAAGCGGAAUUCACCUUCACCGGUCUGACACCAGGCACUUCGUACACAUUCUUUGUAGAACCUCAGGGGAGUCAGAGGAGGGAGAGAGAACAAUUUACAAAGCCGAGCGCCAUAAGGAAUCUGGUCAUUGCUGUGGUUACAACCGAUUCUAUCACCAUAACAUGGGAGAGCCCUCUUACAGGUGGAGUCGACAGCUAUAGAGUCAUGUACUCCCCGUCAAAUGGUAACCCCACGUCUCCCCAUACCAUACCGGAUGAUGGAAACAUUGCCCAGAGCCUCACGGUGACCGAUCUGCUUCCGUCGACCCCUUACACGUUCACCGUGGUCGCCAUUGUGGAUGAUCUGGUUAGCGAGCCGGUCAGCAGGGAGAGUGGAACUACUAUCGGCAUGGACAUCGGCGAUGACUUCACCAGCACGCAAUUCACCGUUGUUUGGAAUAUACCGACCGGGGACUUCAACCAGUUCUACGUUCGAUACACCCCUUACGAUCCAACCCACCCCAACGCGCAGCAGGAUCUGCGAAUCAUCUCUGUGAGCUCAUUGGGUGGGGCAUCCCAGGGGACUCUGCUUAUCUACGGCCUCGUGCCCGGAGAACUGUACAACGUCAAUGUGCAGACAGGGAAGAACGGCGAACCUACCGAUGACGGCUUUGGGACAAUAUCAUUCAGAACACCUCCAUUACCAGUGACAGAUGCCGUCGUUGUCGAGCGUGGACCAUAUUCCCUCUCCCUUGACUGGAGCGAUGUCAACUCUGUUGACAUCGAGUACCGAAUCACGUACGAACCUGAGGAAGGAGCGCUUUUCGAAGACGCAGACGCCACGCAAGCUCUUCCGUUCAAUCAGGUGUCAGGAUCUCAAGUGGUAGCUCGAAGCUUGGCCCCCGGUAAAGAAUAUAUCUUCAUGGUCGAACCUGUGAGUGGAACGGGUUCACCAGAAACUGAACAAGCCGGGGAGGCACAGACCGUGGUUGCAUACACACAACCUCUGAGUCCUCAGAAUCUCAUUGUGACUAGUGUUGAGGUUGAGGCAUUCACUAUUUCCUGGAGCCUACCACCAGAAGUGAACUACCCAAUCGCUUACUACUUACUGGACUUGAAUCCGGACGAGCCUAUGUUCCCGUUACGUAUUAACAGCUCAAGAGAGGAAUGGGAAGUCCACGAUGGCCUUGUUUCUGGAAGGGAAUACCAAGCCUCCAUGCGAUCAGUUAUCAUCGAUGCAGACAACCAGCUAAUAGCCAGUGAACCUGUCACAUCAGCAUUUUUCUUAUUAGAUCCUGUACAACCCCAGCUAUUGGUCAUAUCGUAUGUUACAACUUCAGAGCUUAGAAUGGAAUGGUCUUUGCAGAAUUCUGACUAUACCUACUUCCAGGUGUCAUUCUCCAGUGUUUCUGGUAUUAUUUUGACCACGGAAACACAAGAACGGUCGUUCGUCUUGACCAAUUUGACCGUUGCAACAGGAUAUACCAUCACUAUUACGACCUUUGUUGAAGGAACAGAAACUGGACUUGUGAAGUCCAGUGCCGGGUCACUUGUAUCUCUUGUCAGUACUCGAUCUGCACCGCCACAAGACUUGGUCCAAGAUGAAGUAACAAGUGAUUCCAUCACAGUUUCUUGGGGUGCACCUGACAAUGCAGUCUCUAUGUAUCAUAUUCUGGUCAAGGAUGAGGCUGGAGCGGAUGUAGAUGAUGCCACAGUAUCGUCGAGUGAAACCACAUACACUGUUGAGAACCUCAGACCGUAUACCAAAUACGUCAUCACAGUAGCAGCGCAAUUCAAUGGCCUGGAUAGUGACGCUAUUGAAGUUGAACAAACGACGUUCCAAGCGAAAUCGUCUGAAGUGAGAGACCCAGCUGUUAUAAUAGACUCGCCCAACUCAGUGUUACUUACUUGGACGCCACCUGCCUCACCGAAUGGUCUUCUGACGGCAUAUAUUGUGGAUAUUACUGGGGAAGCCAUUGCUGUCCGGAAGAGGAGAGAGGCUGGAUUUAGUCGUACCGAGACCUAUGGAGUUACUGUCUUUUCAGCCUUGAUUGAAAACCUUCCAACAGGAUGCACCUACACCUUCAGUAUCAGAGCAAGGAACGGUGCUGAUGAUAGUGAUGUCGUGAUUGCAGGACCAUUAGAUCUCCCGCAUACAGCACCUCCAACACCUUCUUUAGACAAUGUGGUACGUCUUGUCUCAAGGAGCGGGAAGACCAUGACUGUAUCCUUUGAUAGUAGCUUCUUCAGCGAUGUGUACGGUCCAGUGUCUAGAUACGCCAUCUUGGUCGCAGAGAGCUCAAGGGACACCAUACCAGCUACGCCAAGUGACCCAGUCAUCAACUGGCAAGUCAGCUCAGGCAGGCCGUACCAGGCCACACCCCUUGCCUACAAUCCUUUCACGGGCGGAAGCGCAAGGACGUCGUUCACUGUUGGCUCUAACAGUAGCUGCACCCCGGAUUCAGUGGGAUACUGCAAUGGGCAAGUGGUUCCACUCAGCGAUUACAGGUUUGCCAUACGUGCCUAUGGGUCCGAUGGAAAGUUUACUGACACUACUUGGUCACCGGCCUAUAACUCAGGAUUUGAUAUCGAUUGGUUUGUGGCUGCUAUUGUUGUCAUCAUCAUCAUCACUCUUGUUCUCUUGCUUGUUAUGCUCCUCAUUGCUCGGCAAUGCUGCGGUGAGCCGAGAAACGCCUUGUAUGAGCAAGGUAAUCGUCAGAGACUUCCCCUGGUGAAUGCUGCCUACCCCACGUCGCAGGGAUUCCAAGACACAAUGCACAAAGCACCGCUCCCUGAUGACACCUUAAUUAGGAUGACCCCGAUCCCCGUCAGAGAGAACCCGUACGUCAGUAUGAGGGAUGAUCGACCUAAGGCCCCGCUUCCUCAAUCUCUGCCGCCUCAGGUCUCUAAUGCUGUGCAGAUUAAGAACUUUUCUAACCAUAUUGAUACGAUGAGUCGCAACAUGAAUGCUGGAUUUGUCGAAGAGUAUAAUACUCUUUCAAAUGUGGGCCGAGAUAAGAGCACUGAGGCUUCCAGGCUUCCUGUCAAUGCAACCAAGAACAGAUACAGAAACAUCUUACCAUUCGAUGAGACCGCUGUUCAUUUGCAAGAUUUAGAAGAAGGGCAGACCAGUGAUUACAUCAAUGCUAACUACAUCCAGGGCUUACACUCUGCCAAGGAAUACAUUGCCUCCCAAGGUCCCGUGCCCGACUCCAUCAACGACUUCUGGGAGAUGGUGUUUGAGAACCAGAGCACGACCAUUGCCAUGAUCACUGGCCUUGUAGAAGGAGGAAAGACCAAGUGCGAACAUUAUUGGCCCGAUGAGCUGAACGCGCCGGUUAUGUAUGGAGGCGUGACAGUCACCAUGACGAACUCUCAGGAGAUGGCCAAUUGGACCGUCAGAUCAUUUAUUCUGGAGAAGGGCCAGAACCAGUUUGAGACCCACCAGUAUGCCUUCCGAGACUGGGUUGACCAUGAUGUACCUAACAACGUGCACCCCAUGAUUGAAUUUAUCAAGACCAUUACUGUCGCUCAUGACAGGAAGAGGGGACCCAUUGUCGUACAUUGCAGUGCUGGCAUCGGUCGAACCGGGGUCUUCAUUGCCCUGCAUCGACUCGUCAAGGAAGUCGAGAAUUCCAAACGUAAUGACUACGUCGAUGUUUGCGGCACCGUGGCUCGUAUGAGAGAGCAACGUUUCAACAUGGUCCAGACAGUGAAACAAUACAUAUUCAUCCAUCAUUGUAUCAAUACUCUUAUCCAACGGAUGAUGUAAACAAGUGGCAAGAACAAUGAGGUGAGCAGGUUUCUACAGACUUGGCCAAUCUCCUCGAUCCAUUCAACUUUUCUAAGACAGUAAAAUCAUCUGGUACAGUCAACCUCCAUUCUUCUCAUGAUAUAUACUUAUAUUGAUUUUAAUUAUAUUUAAUUAUAUUGAUUAUAUUGAUUUAAAAUUGACAUGCACGUUAAUCUAUAUUUGAAUCACUUAUUGAAUAUGUAUAUCAUUUAUUCAAUGUUGAAUCUUGUUCAUGCUUUUGUUAAAAUUGAAUCAAUUUAUCUUGUACUUAUUUAUAGUAUGUUGAAGAAUGAAAAUAAAUUUGAAUUGAAUUGAAUUGAAUUGAACCUGCUGUAAACAACCACCUGUAUAGAAGGACUUCCUCAUUCCCCCCCCCCCCCCAAUACAAUCCUCUGUUUGAAUAUGUAUUAAAAGGAUCUGUUAAUAUAAACCACCUGCUCAUAAAGACUGCAUUUCUUGUCUCUCUUUCCCCUUAUACAAUUCUCUGUUUAAAUACAUUAUAAGAUGCAAUCAUUCAUGAAAUGAAUGAUUAUAUGUAUGUAUACCCAUAAUAAUUGGUAACAUUAAUUCCAUUUGUACUUUAUAUUUUUUUAUUAUGUGAUGUAAUCAGUCUUUUGGAUAGUUUAUAUUUGUGUAUAUUUCAAGAAAAGGAAGGCUUGGUAUAUAUGUAUGUACUUUCCUAAGUACAAUAUAGUCUUUCAACCUCAGAGGAUGAAAUAGCGUGUCUUUCGUGUUACUGAAAUAAGAUAUGAAUUACUACAGUUUACAAUUAUAUAAUGUGAUAUACAAUCAAUUUAUCUCUAUUUUUAUAGAUUAUCUUUGUUUUUUGUUUUGUUGUUUUGUUUUUUAUCUGUAAACUAAAUUGGUGAUGGGUAUAUAAAUGUUGAUGUUUUAUUUAAAAUGUAUACCAUAAAAUAAACAAUGUGAUGAGGUCAAAUGUCGUUUCAGCUUUUAAACCAAUGUUAACAUUUCAUCAUCUUGUAACAGUGUUGGAAUUCUAGUGAUUUAAUGUGUUUUUUGUUUCUUUUUAUAAAAAUGAAAAUCUGCAAUUUGGCUGCCUUACAAGUUAUAUGUACAUGUACAUGUACCUUAAAUAUCAUUAAUACUAAAAAGAGAUUGUACUAUGCACUGUAUUUAUGUUUUUAGCAAUACAAAUUGUGACAACAAAUCGCUCACAGUUGCACCAGCCCCCCCCCCCCCUCGCACACAUCAUAUAAAUCUGAACCAAACUUCGUUGUUUUGAGGGGGGUUUGGGGACAUUUUUUAAUAGAAAGUUAUAACUAAGGAUGAAAUUGUAGGUGCUGUCAUUGCACUUAUUUUUUACACAUGUAUUGAUUCAUGCAAGGGAUUAAACUAUGCAUGAAUUUGAAAUUUGUAUUAUUAUUUUUUUACGUCUCACUCUUGUCUUUCAUGGGGAAAUUGUGUUUUGCUCUUACUUUUUAUUUCUCACUAACUUCUGUUAAUACCUCUUUUCAAUCCUCUUGAAAUCCUAAUAUCUUUUCUUUCGAAUGAUUAUUUAACUUUUGUAGUUUUAGAAAAAAUUGGUCCUGACGUUCAAUGUGACAAAAAAAAUUGGCCCAUAUAGCAGUACUAGGAUGGUGUCAUUAGAAUAGAAAUAUUAGCCGAAUUUCGUCAUACUCAGGUAAAAAAAUAAUGGUUUUUAAUUGUAGAUGAUCCUGAACAGUUUUUAUGUACAUGUACACAUGUACUGUAAUAAUUAUGUAUUAUGUAUCUAAAAUUAGUAUGAGUAUGAUCAUAUAUUAACCCUUAACGUGCCAUGAACACAUAUCUGUGCAUCCACUGGAGUGCCACGAACGCAUUUUCGUGCAAUGGUUAUUGUUAUUGUUAUGCCUAUUGCAUUUUGAGGAGUGCAUUGCAUGCAUGAGUUAUUCCAUUGUUCAGUUCAGCUUAUGGUCAAGAGGUUUAACAUUAUUGUCUCGGGAGUGAUUCCCUUUUUCUUUAUAAUAAACGAUUAAGUAUAGACUCUCUGAAAAAUAUGGCACUCGCUGAUAACAGUGAAUGGCACAUUAAGAGUUAAACAAGAUUCCAAUUAUUUUCAUAAUUUUUGUUGUUGCUACAUGUAUGGUAGGAAUUAGGAGUACUUAUGCAGAGUUUGAAAUUGACAUGUUUGGUGACAUUUCAUUUAACGACGCAUUGUUUGAAAUUGUAAACCAAAGCUUCCGUUAUUAUUUAGAACACAAAUAUUGGUGAAUAUUUUGUACUAGUAUGUUUUUCUUCUGACUUAAUGAUGAUAUUGGGAACCACCGUUUACUUUGUACAACGGCGCUGAAAUUAGUCACGAUUCUUUAUUUUCACCCACCCACAUUCACUUUGUACACAAGUGCGCGGGUACAGAUUGACGAGUGUUUCCCAAUACCACAGUAUGACUGUUCUUAAUUGAAACAUUGUAUGUAUGCUUAUUUUUAUAUUUUAUUAAUUUUAUUGUUGGCUUUUUUUUUUUGCUCAGAAGGAUAAACUUUAAUUUGAUUGAAACAGGUUAAUUGUAUAUUAAAGAAAUAAAUUGGUUAUUUGGGAUAAUAAA